AUGGCAGAAGAUGAAACAAAAGCAUUGAAGGAGUUCACGGCUCCUACUGCACUCACAACAUCAUCUUGUAUUGUUGUAGCUCCUAUUCCUGCAGGAGUGCGUUUUGAGAUUAGACCAGCAACAAUCCAGAGCUUGCCUAACUUUUAUGGGAAGACGAAUGAAGAUCCUUAUCUCCAUGUGGAGGAAUUCAAAGACAUAUGUGGAACUUUUCGGUAUGAGAUAUCAGAUAAGCAGAUCCGUUUAAGGCUUUUUCCUUUUUCAUUGAAAGACAAAGCAAGAAAGUGGCUAAGCUCUCUUCCCCCUGGUUCCAUCAAUACUUGGGAUGAUUUGGUUAAAAAGUUCUUGUUGAAAUUCUUCCCAGCUAAGAAAACCAAUGCUCUCCAAGCAGAAAUUUUUGGCUUCUCCCAACCUGAGGGAGAACCUUUUUAUGAGAGUUGGGAGCGUUAUAAGGAUUUGUUCUUGAAGUGUCCUCACCAUGGAUUUUCUAAACCCCAAAAGGCUCAAUUUUUCUACAGAGGUUUGAACUCCCAAAGUAGAAGUAUGGUGGAUGCUACAGUUGGUGGAAGCUUGAUGGGAAAGACGGCAGAAGAGGCAAUUCAAGCUUUUGAGACUAUAUGUGAAAAUUCACAGCAAUAUGAUCCUUAUACAUCAGUGCCCAAAAGAGGAGGACUAUAUGAGGUUAGUGCAAGUACUAAGUUGGAAGAGCAAGUUGCAGUCUUGGCAAGACAAAUGAAGAGCCUUACUCCUCUGUUAAAUAAGGCUGCAAGGGAGACAUGUGCUUUGUGUUCAAGUAUUGCACAUACCACCGAGGCGUGUUCUGAAAAUUUCUUCCAAGAUGAGCAAGUCAACAUGGUGAAUAAUUAUAGAAGGCCUGUGAAUGAUCCUUUUUCAAAUACUUAUAAUCCAGGUUGGAGGCAACAUCCAAAUUUCUCUUAUAGCAAUAAUAAUCAAGUGCAGAUGCCAAGGAAUCCUCCCAUGCAAAAUUAUCAAGGGCCAAUUGAACAAAAGAAACCAUCUCUUGAAGAAACCAUGCAACAACUUGCCCAAAAUCAGAUGGAAUUUCAAAAGGCCAAUGCUCAGAUGCUUCAAGCUAUUCAAGAGACCAAGAAAGAGCAGCAAGUUCAAUCUCAAGCUAUUUCUAAGCUAGAAGUUCAAGUUGGUCAGAUUGCCACUGCCUUGAAUGAGAGAGAACAAGGGCGUUUACCUAGCCAAACUCUUGCUAAUCCAAGGGGUGAAUUUGAGAAACAUGAGCCUAUGAAAGCUGUGAUCACGUUGAGGAGUGGAAAAGAAGUUGAUAUUAAAGUUCGUAGUCCAGGAGAUAUUCAAGAAGUCGAACAAAAAGAAGAAGUCGAACAGGGGAUUGAUGAGUCUGUUGCUAUCCCAAAAAUUAAUGAGUCAGCAGAGAAAGAUUCUGCAGGAGGAUUGAAGCUGCAACAGCAAUCCCGAAAACGAACUGAUUCGAACCCAGCGACUUCUAGCACCCCAGAAACGACUUUAAGGCCUACUGCAGAGUCUCAAUUUGUUCCUCAACCUCCAUAUCCACAGUUGCUUCAGAAGCCAAAGAAAGAUAGGCACUUGACCGAGAUUAUGGAACUAUUUCGCAAGGUGCAAAUUAAUAUUCCUUUGCUUGAUGCCAUUAAACAAAUCCCAGCUUAUGCGAAGUUUUUGAAGGAGUUAUGCCCUAAUAAGAGAAAAUUUGAAGAUCAUGAGAAGGUGUUGUUGUCAGAAGAGGUCAGUGCCGUAAUUCAAAGGAGACUCCCUCCAAAGUUGAAGGAUCCAGGAAGCUUUACAAUCCCCUGCACAAUUGGUGAUCAUUAUUUUGAGCGUGCUUUGAUGGACUUGGGUGCCAGCGUUAACUUGAUGCCAUACUCUCUAUAUUUGAAAUUAAAGCUUGGUGACCUGCAACCAACAUCAAUCACCUUGCAAUUUGCAGACCGAUCAGUCAAGAGGCCAAAGGGAAUUGUUGAAGAUGUGUUAGUGAAGGUUGAUAAGUUCAUAUUGCCUGCAGAUUUUGUCAUUCUCGAAACUGAACCAGAUGCUUAUUCAAGUGAGGAUGUACCAAUCAUUUUGGGUCGUGCAUUUAUGGCUACUGCUGAUACCAUAAUUAAAGUAAAAGAUGGACUUCUAUCUAUGACAGUUGGUGACAUGUCAGUGGAGUACAAGAUUUUUGAAGCGGGUCGACGUCCCUCUGAUGAUGGUAAAUGCUUUAUGGUUGAUUCUAUUUCUCCUAUUACUCAUGAAUCUUUUGUUUUGAAUUCAUCUCAAGAUCCCCUUGAAGUAUGCUUGACACAAUCUGGAAUGGAUUUUGAUGCCAAGAAAGAGGUUGAUGAGUUAGAGAAGCUUCUUAAUGUUGCACCGGUUUUUGAAUCAAGAAAGUGGAACCAAUUUGAGUCUUUACCUUUGUCCACAAAUAAAGUUGUGCCUUCCAUUCAGCAAGCACCGAAGUUAGAGCUCAAGCCACUGCCACAACACUUGAAAUAUGUAUUUUUGGGUGAAAGUGAGACACUUCCAGUGAUUAUUGCUUCGGACCUUUGUGAAGAAGAUGAAAAGAAGUUGUUGCAAGUUCUUCAAGCUCACAAAACAGCGAUUGGAUGGACAAUUGCAGAUAUUAAAGGUAUAAGUCCUACAAUGUGUAUGCACCGAAUCCAUCUUGAAGACAAUAUGAAGCCAACACGUGAUGCACAAAGGCGUUUGAAUCCACCAAUGAAAGAAGUUGUGCGGGCUGAAAUUUUGAAGCUCCUCGAUGUUGGAGUUAUAUAUCCAAUUUCAGAUAGCCAAUGGGUUAGCCCAGUUCAAGUGGUGCCUAAGAAGUCGGGAAUAACCGUUGUGAAGAAUGAGAAAGAUGAAUUAGUGCCUACAAGGAUGACUACGGGCAUUGAAGUUGACAAGGCAAAAGUAGAUUUAAUUACCAAUCUUCCUCCACCAACAACAGUAAAGGGAGUACGUUCUUUCCUUGGCCACGCCGGAUUUUAUCGGCGUUUCAUGAAGGAUUUUAGUAAGAUUGCAGGACCAUUGAGCAAUUUAUUAGCAAAAGAUGCAGAAUUUGUGUUUGAUGAAGCAUGUCUAGAGGUGUUUAACAAGCUCAAGGCCCUCCUAACUUCAGCUCCUAUCAUAAAGCCUCCGGAUUGGAACUUACCAUUUGAAUUAAUGUGUGAUGCGUCGGAUUAUGCGGUGGGUGCAGUUUUGGGGCAGCGUAUAGAGAGGCUUCCUCAUGCUAUUUAUUAUGCUUCAAAGACUCUAAAUGAUGCUCAACUUAACUAUUCUACCACUGAGAAAGAGUUGCUUGCGGUUGUGUUUGCUCUAGACAAAUUUCGGUCUUAUUUGAUUGGUUCCAAAGUAAUUGUCUACACUGAUCAUGCUGCCCUUAAAUAUUUACUUGCCAAGAAAGAUGCCAAGCCUCGGCUAAUCCGUUGGGUUCUUUUACUUCAAGAAUUUGAUUUGGAGAUAAAAGAUAAAAAAGGAAGUGAGAAUGUGGUUGCAGACCACUUGAGUAGAUUGGUGCAUGAAGAUGAUGAAGUGGACUGCCUUCCUUUGAAUGAAAAUUUCCCUGAUGAACAAUUGUUUAUGGUACGUGAUUCUCCUCCUUGGUUUGCUCAUAUUGUGAACUUUAUUGUUACUAAAAAAAUUCCAGAUCAUUGGAGCAAGCAAGAGAGGGAGAAAUUUCUUUCUAAAGUGAAGCAUUAUAUUUGGGAUGAACCGUAUUUAUUCAAAUAUUGCUCAGAUCAGUUGGUUAGAAGAUGUGUACCAGAAAGUGAGUUUCAAAGCAUUCUUCGUUUCUGUCAUAGUUAUGCUUGUGGCGGGCAUUUUGGAGCCAAGAAAACAGCAGCUAAAGUUCUUCAAAGUGGCUUUUAUUGGCCAACAUUAUUCAAGGAUUCCUUUGAAUUUUGUUCUUCAUGUGAUCGCUGCCAACGAAUGGGUAAUAUCUCUAAACGUGACAUGAUGCCUUUGAGUAAUAUUUUGGUGGUUGAAUUAUUUGAUGUUUGGGGAAUAGACUUCAUGGGACCUUUCCCUCAAUCCUUUGGCAAUCUCUACAUAUUGGUGGCAGUGGAUUAUGUAUCAAAGUGGGUUGAAGCAAUUGCUUGCAAGACUAAUGAUCACAAGGUGGUACUUUCUUUUCUCAAAGACAAUAUUUUUGCUCGUUUUGGCACUCCUAGAGCCAUUAUAAGCGAUGGAGGACUACACUUUUGCAACAAGCCAUUCGCAUCACUUAUGAAGAAAUAUUCCAUCACUCACAAAGUGGCUACACCUUACCACCCUCAAACUAGUGGUCAAGUUGAGAUUUCCAACCGGGAAAUUAAAAAUAUUUUGGAGAAAACAGUUCGCCCGGAUAGGAAAGAUUGGUCUCAAUGUUUGAAUGAUGCUCUAUGGGCGUAUAGGACAGCCUAUAAAACUCCAAUUGGCAUGUCACCAUAUCGCUUAGUUUUUGGGAAGGCUUGUCAUCUUCCGGUGGAGUUAGAGCACCGAGCAUAUUGGGCAAUCAAGCACUACAAUUUUGACAUGAAUGCAGUCGGUGAACAGAGAGCAUUGCAGCUGAAUGAGAUGGAGGAAAUUCGUAAUGAGUCUUAUGAGAAUGCAAAAAUUUACAAGGAGCGCACCAAGAGGUUUCAUGAUAAAGUCAUUCGUCAAAAGACAUUCGAACCAAACCAAAAGGUGCUGCUAUAUAACUCUCGACUGAGACUCUUUCCAGGGAAGUUGAAAUCUCGGUGGAUGGGUCCUUUUCUGGUCACAAAGGUGUUUCCCCAUGGAGCAAUUGAAAUUAAGAACUUGAGGAACAACUCUAUCUUCAAAGUGAAUGGUCAACGUCUCAAACCGUACUUGGAGACAUCUUUUGACACCAAUGAGCAGCAUGUUUCCUUCACUGAUCCUCCAAAUGAAUGA